UCUCCUGCGCUCUGAUUGGCGGAAUCCUGUAGCGUUGAUUGUGGCUGGGUCGAACCCCACGUGGAGAUUUCAUUCAAUCAGGGAACAAUCGGUGCGAUAUUUUUCCUCUUUUAUUAUUUUGUAUCGAAAUCGUGCGCGUUCUGUUUCUAUCAUUUGGUAAAUGCAAAUAGGGACGUUGUUGUGUCCUGUACAUGGUGUGCAACUGAUUAAGAAAACACAACACAACACAACACACACAAAGAAGAUGUGGGUUUUUUAGACUGCUGCUGGUCCACACUCAGAUCUGGACCAUGCCAUAAUUUUCUGAAUGAUAAAUCCGGACCAUCACAGGGCCUUGAUUUCAUCUCCACUGCUCCAUCCACAACUUCAUGUGUGAGAUCAUUUAGAUGAGAUAGAACCCCCCCACACACACACACACACACACACACACACACACUCUCUCCUCCUCCACUACCACCUCCUCCUCCUGCUCCUCCUCAUCCUCAGUUGCGCGCCGCGGGAGGGAUUUGCGUGUUUCCCACAAGAAAAGAAGUCUCAAAUGUCCCAUUGAAAAGGCGGCCGAGGUUCUCAGUAAAGGGAAGGAAAGAGAAAGAAGAGAAGAGAAGGAAAGGAAAGGAGGGAAAGAAGAGCAGAGACGGAGACAAAAGAGGCUGCGCAUGCACUAGAUGUCGGACUCCACCGGCUUCUCCUCGACCACCGAGCUAUCUUCAUCUUCUUCUUCAUCUUCAUAGUAUUAUUUUUUGUUUAUUCCGAGACUUUUCAGCAGCAGGGUGGAGGAUCAGGAGCGCUUGUGUGGUUGCUUUCUUUCCUCUUGUUCUCUUUCUGUUUCACUCGAAACGUGGAGACGGAUCUCAGGCGCAUCCACACGCUGCUCCUGUUCCUGCUGCUCCUGUUCCUGCACGGCGCCUCGGCCACAAGCAGAACAAAGAGAGUUCGAGUGAAGAAAUGAGUCCUGCUUCAACCCAACACUGAGGCGACACCAAAACGCACUUGUGAGCUCUCCUGCUCUUUCUUCUGCAACAUCAACAAGAAACAAACAGUAACAAACAAACACUGGGAGAACAUCGCAAAACCACACCAUGUUUCCACAGAACCGACCAUCGGCUCCUCUCCAGGGCCCUCCAGGGGCCUCGGCUUCGGCGGUGGCAGCAGCGGCGGCGGCGGCAGCGGCUGCAGCGUCAGGAACAGCGCAGUCCUUAAAACUCACCUAUCCCGAGACCCUGGACCGUAUUAAGGAGGAGUUUCAGUUUCUUCAGACCCAGUACCACAGCCUGAAGCUCGAGUGUGAGAAGCUGGCAACGGAGAAAACGGAAAUUCAGAGACACUAUGUGAUGUACUAUGAAAUGUCCUACGGUCUGAACAUUGAGAUGCACAAGCAGACGGAGAUUGCUAAGAGGUUGAAUGUGAUCUGUGCGCAGCUCAUACCAUUUCUCUCACAGGAGCACCAGCAGCAGGUGGUCCAGGCCAUGGAACGCGCCAAACAGGUGACUAUGGGGGAGUUGAAUGCAUCGAUAGGGGUACGUGGACUCCCCCCUCUGCCUCCCACACAACAGCUACAGGCUCAACACUUUUCCCAACAUGCUGCUCAGUCUCUGAACAUGGCUCCUCACCAUUCAGGGCUGCCCCACCCAGGGCUGGCUCUCGGUGGCAGCUCGGGCCUGCUGGCUCUCUCAGGGGCCCUUGGGGCACAGCUGGCUGCUAAGGAUGAAAGAGCACAUCUGGAGGCUGUAGCCGCAGCGGUAGCUGCUGCCGAGCACCACAGGGACCGAGAGGCAGGACCAAGCUCCUUAUCGAAUGGAGACAAAGGCCGGCCGUCAGACUACCUCAUGAACGGAAAGAAAAGGAAAUCGGAUGAGAAGGAGUUCACCGAUUACGGAAGCGACGCUGACAAGAGUGAUGACAACCUGGUAGUGGAUGAGGACCCUUCAUCUCCACACAGCGUGCACUCAUAUUCCUCCAGAGAAAAUGGUCUGGACAAGUUGCCCCCCUCCAGGAAGGAGGCUCUGCCUCAGGCUAGCCCUACCUCCCUGACCUCCUCCUCCAGCGGCGCCUCGCCCUCCCGGAGCAAAGAGCCUCCUCCACGGGAGAAAUCUAGUACCCCAGGACUGAAACCAGGCACUCCUAUGUCUCAAGAUUCCUCUACCCCUGGCCCCAGCGGCCCACCCCAGUUCCGCCCCGUCCCAGGCAAAGCAGGUGUGGACCCUCUGGCCCUGGGUGUGAGGAACCCACUGGCGGUACAGGGUGUGUAUCCCCCUGGUGCGUUCGGUCUGCCCCCUCCUGGGGUAAAUGGCGAGCUUGCUGGAGCAGCCGCAGCGUACGGCGCCGGUCUCCACCUCGUCUCGCCACAGAUGAACGGCUCGGUCGCUGUAGCCGCCGCCGCCGCUGCCGCCGCCGCCGGAUACGGACGCUCCCCUGUGGUGGGCUAUGAAUCUCCCCAUCCGCACAUGAGGGUCCCAGGCCUACCCGCUAGCCUCCAGCCUGCAGCCUCAGGAAAGCCUGCGUACUCGUUCCAUGUGAGUGCAGACGGACAGAUGCAGCCUGUACCCUUCCCUCCGGAUGCUCUCCUGGGCCCAGGCAUCCCACGCCAUGCCCGGCAGAUCCACACGCUCAGCCACGGGGAGGUGGUUUGUGCCGUGACCAUCAGCACCUCCACACGCCACGUCUACACUGGGGGGAAAGGCUGCGUCAAAGUGUGGGACAUCAGCCAGCCGGGCAGCAAGAGCCCCAUGGCCCAACUUGACUGUCUGAACAGGGACAACUACAUCCGUUCAUGUAAGCUCCUCCCUGACGGAAGAACUUUGAUCGUCGGAGGUGAAGCCAGCACUCUGUCCAUCUGGGACUUGGCCGCACCCACUCCACGCAUCAAGGCCGAGUUGACCUCCUCGGCUCCAGCGUGCUACGCGCUGGCCAUCAGUCCAGACAACAAGGUCUGUUUCUCCUGCUGCAGCGACGGCAACAUCGUGGUGUGGGACCUUCACAACCAGACCCUCGUCAGGCAGUUCCAGGGCCACACUGAUGGAGCCAGCUGCAUCGACAUCUCCAACGACGGGACCAAACUGUGGACUGGGGGACUGGAUAACACGGUGCGCUGCUGGGACCUGAGAGAGGGACGACAGCUCCAGCAGCACGACUUCACCUCCCAGAUCUUCUCCCUAGGAUACUGUCCUACAGGAGAAUGGCUAGCAGUGGGCAUGGAGAGCAGUAAUGUGGAAGUUCUUCAUGUCUCCAAACCAGACAAGUAUCAGCUGCACCUUCAUGAGAGCUGCGUGCUGUCGCUCAAGUUCGCCUACUGCGGUAAAUGGUUCGUAAGCACAGGAAAAGAUAAUCUCCUGAACGCCUGGAGAACUCCGUACGGCUCCAGCAUCUUCCAGUCGAAGGAAUCGUCGUCGGUCCUCAGCUGCGACAUCUCACCUGACGACCAGUUCAUCGUGACCGGCUCAGGGGACAAGAAAGCCACCGUGUAUGAAGUCAUUUACUAACACGACUGCAGACUGGAUCCCCGGAGCAGCAGAAGUGGCGCGUAGCAGGAAGAGCGGAAACUGAGAUCCGACUUUGACUUUGGAACCGAGUGGUUGACAUGGAGCUGGAGAAAGCGUCUCCGCUUUGCUGUUUGAUGUUCGUUAGGGGACAGGCGGUGAGGGAAGAGCUGAGGAGCUCCAGAACUGGACUGACCUUGUUGUUUUUUUAAUGCUGUGAGAAAGCUAGCUUCAGAGAUGCAGGAUUCCUCCAAAGACUUCUCUUUUGCUUUAUUGUUUUUUCCUUUUGUUCUUUUUUAACAAGAUGAAUUCUCUGUAGUGAAUGAAAUAGCAAAGAGAAUAUUUUUUUUUAGCUUCUGGAAAAAAAUAAAAAAUUCCAUGUGGAAACGAAUAGUCGAGGAGCAGCAGUGCACUGAGAAGAGCAGAACAGGUACAGGAUGGUUUUUGAGAGAGAAGUUACCAAGACAGUAUCUCUGCUCUUUUUUUUUAUUUUAUAUUUUUUUAUCCAGUCUGUACUGAUGGCUUGAGCGUCUAAAAAUGAUCUCGCAGUGCACAGCAGGACGACGGUGUAAUGACACAAUGACAUAUUUGGGUUUUACCUGUUUUUUUUU